AUGGCUGGACAAGUAUAUAAGGAUAAGGCUACAUUAAAAGAGGUGAUGGAGCAUUAUGCUAUAUCGCAAAGGUUUCAAUUCCGGGUUGAUAGGUCUAAUGCUGUCAGCUAUAGAUUAUUAUGUAUGUUAGAAGAUUGUGAAUGGAGGUUUAAGGCUUCGAGCAUUAACAAAUCAGAACUAUUCAAAGUGAGAGAGUUCAUUGAUAAGUAUACAUGUCCGUUGAAGGACAAGGUGUAUGAGCAACGACAGGCAAGUAGCAACCUUAUAGGUGGUAUGAUUAGGCCCAAGCUUACUAAUCAUAAGAGGAAAUACACUCCAAAGAAUAUUAUUGAUGAUGUGAAAUCAGAUUUAGGUGUAGAUGUUUGCUACAUGUUGGCGUGGCGGGCUAAAGAAAAGGCAAUAAAUUUUUUGAGAGGUGAACCGGCUGAUUCAUACAAAGAAUUACCAGGAUACUUAUAUACAAUGGAUAUGACAUAUCCUGGUUCACACAUUAGAAUGGGGUUUGAUCAUUGUAGAGCCAUUGUGGUUGUGUAUGGAAGUCACCAAAAACUUUACUACACCGGGACAUUCGUCUCGGCCAACACAUUGGAUGGUGCAGGUCAUAUAUUGCCACUACCAUAUGGUGUUAUUGAUUCAGAGAACGAUGAUGCUUGGUCGUGGUUCUUUGAGCAAUUCAAGAUAGCAUACGGUGACAGGAAAAACAUGUGCAUCGUUUCAGAUGGAAAUGGGAGUAUCAUUAAAUCUGUAUCGAGAGUGUAUCCAGAUGUACCGCAUUUUGCUUGUAUAUGGCAUCUAUGGAACAACGCUGAAUUUGACAGUCUAAUGGAGAAGGUGGAGAAGGUAGAUAUUAGAGUGAAAGAAUACUUGGAGUUAGCUGGAUACGAAAAGUGGGCUAGGUUGUAUGCACUUGUUAAUAGGGGAAGGACCAUGACGUCAAAUAUUGCUGGGUCAAUCAAUGCUGCACUAGUGUCAACAAGGGAAUUUGCCAAUAUACGACUUCCUCGAAGAAGUUAG